GGUACACAAACAGGGCUCAGUUCGAUGGAAAAGAUACCACGUAAUUCUCCAUGGUGAAAUUGUUCAAUCAUUUUGAUAAUAGCAGACAUUUCAGUAUCGAACGAGGCUUGCUCGAGAGUGCAUCGUUAUUCAGGAUCAGUUGAUAUAAAAUGGCUACCAAAUGGGUUUGGGCCAGUGUGAACGGUCCGUUUCCAUCCAACAUGGUCCAGGGCGGUUUAGAUAGCGAUGGUUGUCCGAUCUUUGUAGGACGUGCCCAGCACGGUGGAGAUCUGGUUCCGGCUAAAGUAAUCCCACAGAAAAAUGCUGCCUACCUGGCGCACGGUGGUGAAGAAACACUAUUGUCCAGUGUUGAAGUGCUCUGCCAGAAGGAGCUAGUCUGGGAUCAUGCGACCGGCGGAAACAUCCCACCGGAUGCGAUUGUCGGUGGAAACACUUCCGAUGGUGAAAUCCUGUACAUUGGUCGAGCUUACCACGAGGGUUCGCAAACGGUUGGAAAGGUACAGCGGUCCCACGGUUGCGCUUAUAUCCCAUACGACGGACAAGAGGUGUCCGUACAAACCUACGAAGUACUUUGUGAACGAUAAAAAUUUAUAUUUAAUGAAAAUCUAAAGUAAAUAAUAUGAUAAAAAACUGACAAAGCGGUUUACUGUGUAAUUUGAUUGAUUGGAAAAGGCUUUAUGCCCGGAAGUGAUAUAACAUAGAGCAUGAGUACCAUGUAAAAUAUUAUCCAUACCUUUAUUAUAUAGACGCUGUUUCAGAAAAUUUCA